AUGUGAAAUUAACUGCUCUCUCUCGCGUUCAGGAGCUGCGAUCGAUCGAGGAGGGAGGGAAAUGGCGAAACUGUUAUCUAAGCUCAAGGGUUUCUUCAGCUUAAAAACCCUCGCCGGCGUUGACAAGGCGGGAAACCGCUACUUCACUAGAGUGGAGGACGUUGAUGGAAUCAUGAAGGAGAAAAGAUGGGUGAUAUUCAAAGGCGAGGAAGAUCCGACAGCUAUACCAGUUGAGUGGAUAUGCUGGUUGAAUGGCCAAAGGAAGAAAGCUCCAACUCCACAGGCAAGAAAAAUAUCUUUGGAAAUGGUUCAGCUGGAGGCUAUGCGGGAGCGCGUUAAACAAAAUGUCUUACUUUUGAAGAAACAAGAAGAAGAAAAGAAGGCAAGUGGUGCUUAUCCUCAUCAGAGAAAAAAUAUUGGGAAAGAUGGAUCACCAGAUCUUAGGAGUUUCAUCCAACAGUUCCCUGAUGCUUCCUUUGGCCACAAGAAUGGAGAUGAGGGAUCAACUGCAAAUGAUGACACCAAGACUGAAGAUAGGUCUACAGAACCUACAGGAUCUGGUCAGUCAUUCAAACCUGGGAUGUGGCAGCCACCAACGUGAAGACGCACAAUCUCAUUUCUAUACAACUAUCAAGAUUUGUUCAUGGUUAUCAACUAUUUGAACUUCAAGGUUGAUACAACUGGGAACUUAGGUUUUUUAGU